AUGAAGUUCCACGCCUCCGUGAUCCUAGUGGCCACCUGCCUGCUGUUCGCACAGGCGGCGCCCGAGAAGAAGAACCUGUCGCAGAAGUCGCGCCAGGUGGAGCAGGACGCCAAGGUCGGCGGAGUGGCCGGCGUGGCCGGUGUGGCCGGUGUGGCGGGCGUGGCCGGAGUGGCUGGAUCCAGUGCCGGAUCCCCCGCCAACGCCGCCAAGGAUCCAUCCAGCGGCCGGCUGUUCCUCAAGAAGUUCCUCACCUUCAAGAACCUCUUCAGCAGCAACAACCAGCCGGUGAUCCCCAUCAUCAUCACGGGCGCCGGCACGGGCACGGGCACAACCACCAGCCCAGCCAGUCCCACCUCGCCCACGGUGACGGUGACCUCGACGGGCACCAUACCCUCGGCCACGGGCACCAUCACCACCUCACCCACCUCACCCACAUCGCCGACCACGACGACGGGACGCCGCACGGUGAUCAAGGGGGCACGCUAUGGCAGCCAGGACGAUGACCAGGAGCCGGAGCCGGAGAAGGACCAGGAGCUGGAGCAGGAGCAGGAACAGGAGCUGGAGCAGGCGGCCCAGCUGCCCGCCCAGGCGUACCCCUCGGAGCUGAUGGACGAGCAGGCACUGCAGGCCGCCCUGGCUGCCGGCGCCCAGGAGUACGAGGUGGUGUCCACCGGGCACGAGCUGCAGGGCACCGGCGGCGCGUCCGGCGAGGGGGCCAAGGCCACGCAGGGCGGCAACACCAUCAGCCUGCGGCGCAAGGGCGCCCGCCGCGGCCAGGUGAUCAGCGUGCGCAUCCCGCCCCGCUACCGCCGCUACUUCAAGAACGGCCAGAAGGUGAUGCUCAACACCGGCAGCCGUCCCGGCGGCAAGCGCCGCGUCGUCCGCAAGCGCGUGCCGGCCAAGAAGAUCAACCGCAAGAACAACCGGAGGCGCAACGGCAACAAGAAGAACCGCCGCAACCGCAACAAGAACCGCCGCACCCGCCUCACCGCCGUCUAG